AUGAAGGUUAUUGAAGAGGGAAGCGGGGGAGAAGCUGAGGUUGUUGCGUGGAGUUGGUGCAUUGGUGGCAUUGGUGGAGUUGGUAGGGGAAGUUUCGGUGGCCAUGGCUUAGCAGGAUCGAAAAAGAAAAGACUUGAAUGCGAGGAGCUAGUCAUUGACAUGACACAAAUCCAUGAACCUGCAAUGAGGCCUGAGUGUUGCAUCUACAGGGUUCCCAACAAACUUCGGCAAGUAAAUAAAGAAGCCUACACUCCUAAGUUAGUUUCAAUCGGCCCAUUUCAUCACGAUCUAGAAGAAUUGAAGGGCAUGGAAAAGCAAAAACUGAAAUAUUUUAAGGCAUUCUAUAAACGGACUGGGAAGAAUCAGAAGGAUCUUGCAAGCAUCAUUGAAAAAAAAGAAGAAAAAAUCCGUCAUUACUAUUCAGAGACCUUUGAACAGCUCAACAGAAAAAAGUUUGUGGAAAUAAUUCUACUGGAUGCUAUCUUUAUCAUUGAGCUCUUCCUGAGGAAUUUUGAAAGGAAAGAAAAUGAUUAUAUAUUAAGUAACGCAUGGCUAGAAUCGUACAUAAAGCAGGACUUGAUAUUACUGGAGAAUCAGCUUCCCUUCAAGUUUCUCCGAAAGUUAUAUAGGUUUGCCUUCAAUGGAGAAGAAGUUACUCCAUUUCUUGAGUUGCCCAGAAUGUUCUUCUCUCCUACCAACCCAAAACUUGAUUCCAAACUUGCCAAACCUCUUAGAUAUACAGCCACAAAGCUAUACGCGAUGGGAUUGGAAUUUGAAGCAUUAGUUGAGCCAGAUUUCUCAAAGAUAUCCUUACUUGACAUAGAUUUCGCUAAGGAUAAGUGCUUGGAGCGCUAUCCGUGCUUCAAUCUCUCAUGGCUCUUCUCUUGCUUACCAUGCUUGAAAUCCCUUCGUUGCUCUAAGAGUGCGCAAUGCAUCUUGAAAGUCCCACAACUUGUGAUAAACGACCAAACAGAAGCUCUUUUCCGAAACAUCAUGGCCCUGAAGCAGUGUCAUUAUCCAUCCAAUAAAUACAUCUGCAAUUAUGUUGUAUUAUUGGAUUAUCUUAUCACCACUAAAGAAGAUGUAUGUUUGCUAGUUGAAAAAAAUGUGAUUAUCAACAGGCGUGGUAGCAGCAAAGCAGUGACUACACUAAUCAACACACUUUGCCAUCAGAUUGUUGAAGGUGAAUCCCAUUACCACGAUCUCCAUCAACAGCUCAAUGAGCACUGUGAUAACUUAUGGAAUCGUCUCCUGGCAACAUUGACAAGUGUGUAUUUCCGAGAUUUUUGGAGAGGCACUGCAACUUUUGUUGGAUUUUUUGUCCUCGCUAUCACUUUCGAGAACUUCCUUAAGCCUUUUGUCAUGAAGAUUUGA